AAGGCAGGUCUGAGUGAAUGAAUUUGAGUACUCGUAAUCCUGGGUGAAAAAAACAAACAUAUCCCUCCCCUCUGCGGAAGCUCUACUGUUUUUUAUCAGCUGCUGGUUACUGCCUCCAAGGUGUUUUUGUUCCUCAUUGCACAUGCACCUGCAUGUCUGAGUCUGUGUCAUGUUUGCUCUCUGUGUGUGUUUUGCUCAUUCAGUACGAUGCUGCUCCCAUCCAGCCUAGUGUGCUGCUGCGUUCCUGUGCUUCCUCAUCAAUGGUAAGGAGUCAGCUCAACUCCAGCCUUCCUCGCUGUCUCAGUAUGGAGGUCCGCAGCAGUGAGGCAGGUGUCCAACCAAAGACACCUGCACUCAAGUCUCCACAAUCACGCAAGAAGGAGGACUUCAGCUUUGGCAAAAUUUUGGGAGAGGGUUCCUUCUCGACGGUUGUGCUCGCAAAAGAACUGGCCACCGGAAAGGAAUACGCAAUGAAGAUUCUAGUGAAGAAUCACAUCAGGAAAGAGAAUAAAGCACACUAUGUGAUCCGAGAGAAGGAUAUAUUGUCAAGCAUAAAUCAUCCCUUUUUCGUAAAGCUCUACUUCACAUUUCAAGAUUCACAUAAAUUAUAUUUUGCCCUCAGUUAUGCAAAGAAUGGAGAACUACUUAGAUACAUUCGCAAAAUAGGCUCAUUUGAUGAGACUUGCACAAGAUUCUACACUGCUGAGAUAGUUUGCGCACUUGAAUAUUUGCACUCGGUGGGAAUUAUUCACAGGGACCUUAAGCCAGAGAACAUUUUAUUGAAUGAAGAAAUGCACAUUCAAAUUACGGAUUUCGGGACAGCAAAACAGCUGACGUCGGACAGUGCUCAAGCAAGAGCCAAUUCUUUUGUUGGGACUGCACAGUAUGUUUCUCCAGAGCUGCUGACGGAAAAAUCCGCCUGCAAAAGUUCAGACCUCUGGGCUCUGGGUUGCAUAAUCUACCAGCUAGUGGCUGGAUUACCUCCAUUUAGAGCUGGGAAUGAGUACUUGAUUUUCCAAAAGAUAAUAAAGCUGGAGUAUGAAUUUCCUGAGAAGUUCUUCCCCAAAGCUAAAGAUCUGGUAGAGCGACUAUUGUCUUUGGACCCCACAAAGCGGCUAGGAUGUGAGGAAAUGGGUGGGUUCAAUCCAUUGAAAGGCCACAUGUUCUUUGAGACAAUCUCAUGGGAGAAUCUGCCGGUUCAGACUCCACCCAAGCUGACUCCUUACCUGCCAGCCAUGGCUGAAGAUGAUGAAGACUUCUAUGGCAAUGUGGUUCCAUCCAGCUCUUCUCAAGUCCUCUCAAUCCCAUCCACUAUCCUGCCACGGAGAUCCUGCAGCAAUAUUGAGCAAUACAUCCAAAACCUGGACAGCAAUUCCUUUGAGCUGGACCUGCAGUUCUCCAGUGAGGAGAAACAACUUCUGCUGCAGAAGCAAACAAGUGGCAACCCUUGGCACCAGUUUGUUGAGAAUAAUUUGAUUUAUAAAAUGGGACCCAUCGACAAAAGAAAGGGACUUUUUGCUCGUCGGCGUCAGCUUUUGCUAACUGAAGGACCGCAUCUAUAUUACGUGGACCCUGUGAAUAAAGUCCUGAAGGGGGAAAUCCCAUGGUCUUCAGAGUUGCGUCCCGAGGCCAAGAACUUCAAGACGUUUUUCAUCCACACGCCAAACAGGACAUAUUAUCUAAUGGAUCCCAGUGGGAAUGCAGACAGAUGGUGUAAGAAGAUUCAAGAGGUGUGGAGCACUAUUUACCACUAACCUCAGACUACAAACAUCCUCACUGACGUCCAGGCUAGUCUCCAUGGUCUGAGGCCUCCUCCAGUCAAGCACCAAACAGAAUGUUCCCUCUGUGCUUGAACUAUUUAUUUAUAAUAGUUGUGCAUCAAUAUUCCUUCAUGAAAGAAAGGAUGUUUUGCUCGUUUGCUGUGUUUUUGUCAUGUUCAGCAGCUGUAAUAUAAAAUCAAAGACCAGUUAAACUCAGCAAAGCCGUAACUUGCACACUAUAUAUGUGUAUAUACAUAAAUAAACACUGUAGGAGAAGAUCCUUAAAAGCUUGGGAAAAGAAACACUCACAAAUACUUGUUGCCUUUUACAAUACUAUGAGUGUUUUUGGCUGCUUCCACAGGGGCUUAUAGGAAAGCUUUAGAGGACCAUAGGAUGUUAUAAUGACAUUCAAAUGAUCCUGCAGGUCAAGUAUAUACUAAAUUAAUAAGAAAAUGAUUAAUAUAUUUAUAUUUAUUCUCUUAGUCAUCAUGUUCACAUGUAUGUCACAUUUCAGUGGUAAUUCAACAAUGCCUAAACGCUUUGACUAUUUUCUGCAGUUGUGGCAUUAUUUAUUGAAUAUGAUGCUGCCUACUGUAUUGGGAUCUGCUGUAGGAUGGAAAUUAUUCCAAUCAGAAAAGGAAUUAUUGUUGAGUGGCUAUAUUUGGUAUGAAAUUUGGUGAUUUUAUACUAAUUGCUGUUUUUUAUAUUUAGUUUUAUCUUUGAACAUUUGUUUGAAAAUAUAACAAAGCAUACUUGAUGAGGUAUGUUUUAUCGUGUCUACACUGCAAGUGAGUGGUGCAACAUGAUGCAAAAAAUCAGGUCGCUCCCAUCAUAAUCAAAUAAGUAUUUUACACAGUGGCAUUGCAUCCUUACAAUGUGGACAGCUUCAUUGAUUAAUAUAUGAGUGGUCAAGUUUUGUCGCAUCACUUUGCACCACUCACUUGCAGUGUAGAUGUGUGUUAUACCUCUGAGGAUUGAGUCGUGUAGUUCCUGGUAGAGAAUUGCAACUGUAAAUAAAAGUUGUGUUUAGAGAUGCAGCUUUUGACUGCUUUAUUGCAUUAUGUAAAGGCUAUUUGGUCCAAAACAGAUACAUGAAAAUGCUGUAACUGAGUGAAAACCAAGCCCAGAAGUGUUUCUCCUCUCUCUUCUUUUGUGUUUCAUUGAUGUUUUUUUUUUUUUUUUGUCAAAUGGUUACAUUGUCUGUUUAAAAUUAUAUUUGGUUUGUCACCGAAUAUGACUGUGAUGUACAGAUGAUGUAUUAUUCAGAAAGUAACACAGUGUUACUAGAUUUGCACCUUGUAUAAUUGUAUUCUUAUAUAAGGUUAUUUGCCUGUAGUAACUUGUAUUAUUUAAAGUCUAAUAUUCAAAGAUUUAUACUGAACUCAUGUUCAGAGGUCAUGUUUUGUAAAUAUUGAGAUGUAAGGACUUCGAAUGUGAAUCGCUGUAAGAUUUAGCAAGCUUUUUUCUCCCUUAUUUUUCUUUUUUUAAGAAUGUGUCAGAAAUGUAUCCGGUCACUUAAAUUAUAUCAGAUUCAAAGUUUAUGCCCUUGUGUUUCUGCACACCUAUAAUUAUAUUGAUGAAUGUCCUGGAGAACUUCAUGGUGAGUCUCAUAAUAAAAGCAUAUAUAAAGAGAA